GAUAAUACUACAUAACAUUUCUAUAUUAUACCCAUGGGCCAUGGUAAAGUUUACAUUUCAUAGUAAAUUAAGGCCCAUGGUAAAGUUUAACUAUAGUAUAUUUAGUAAUUAAUAGUUUACCAAAUUAAUGGUCCUAAAUUUAAAAUUCAAUAGUGAAUACUCAACAUCUAUACGCAUUGUUACCAAUACCGAACCUUUUAAUAUAAUGAUUUUUAAUACAUGUAAAGUAAUUUUAAAUUCAAGUAAAAGCUUAAUUUUUAGAUUCAACUCUAAUUUCGUACCAAAACACAUGCCUGUGCAAUCAUCGGAUGCAAAUACUCUUGAUCGUUUCAUUAAAGAACAUAAAAAAAUCCUUGUAUUGACUGGUGCAGGAAUAUCAACUGAAAGUGGUAUACCUGAUUAUCGUUCUGCUGAUGUCGGGUUGUACGCAAGAAGUAAAAACCGCCCGGUAAUAUAUCAACAAUUUAUUAAAAAUCCAGAAGUACGUAUACGUUAUUGGGCUAGAAACUAUGUAGGAUGGCCUAGAUUUUCAUCGAUGUCACCUAACUAUGCACAUAAGUUUUUAAAGAAUUUGGAAGAUAAAAAUAAAAUUGUUCAUAUAAUUACUCAAAAUGUUGAUAACUUGCAUACAAAAGCAGGAAGUAAAAAUGUUCUUGAAUUGCACGGAACUGCAUAUGUUGUACAUUGUUUAAAAUGUGAUUAUACAAUCGAUAGACAUAAAUUUCAAGAUGUUUUGUCAAGUUUAAACCCUCAAGUUUCCAUUAAAGAAUUGUACAGUGUCAGGCCUGAUGGUGAUGUUGAACUCACUCCAGAAGAAAUUGGCGGAUUCAAGGUUCCUGAAUGUCCAAAAUGUCAAGGAAAUUUAUUAAUUCCACGCAUUGUUUUUUUCGGAGACAACAUUCCAAAAAAACGAGUUCAGAGGGUGAAUGAUUUUGUGGAAGAAUGUGAUUCACUCCUGGUUAUGGGCUCAUCUUUAUUUGUAUAUUCGGGUUAUAGAAUAGUAUUAGGAACAAAAUCUGCUAACAAACCUGUUGCUGUGGUAAAUAUAGGGCCAACUAGGGCUGAUGACUGUGUAGAUUUUAAAAUUGAAGCAAGAUUUGGUGAAAUAUUACCAUUGUUAAGUCCUUAAUCUAUGUUUAAAAUUUUAUUAUUAUGACCUUUAUGUAUUUUUAAUAAAAAUGUUUUGUUUUUA